AUCAUCAAGGAUUGAAAACUAAGGGCAGUUGCAGAAAUGGAGGACUGGAAAGUGACCUAUCGUUUACUUACACACUGCAAACACCUCUUUAAUAGCCGAUCAACCCCUAUUUUCCACAAUUCUAAACGAUUUUGCAGCUCAGGUUGUAGGUAUCAUUUUAACCAAUCUCCUGAGUUGGAAAAACCUUAUAUUGGUAAUUAUCAACAAGAAUUUCAAACAUUCAAACAUCCCCUAGUAUCUCUGGGUAUGAAUCAGUGGAACAUAUGCAGAAGCCAGUAUAGAUGUUUUGCUUCUCAGGCCACCAUUAUUCAGAGAAGACCUGAUUUUUCAACAAUUAGCUCAGAAGACUUGAGCUAUUUCAAGAAUUUAUUAGGGGAAAGAGGGGUGGUUCAGGAUGCGGAGACACUGGAUGCUGUGAACACGGAUUGGAUGAGAAAAUACCAGGGCAGCAGUAAGCUUAUGCUCCAACCUAGGACAGCAGAAGAGGUAUCUCAGGUUCUUAAAUAUUGCAAUUCAAGGGGCCUGGCUGUUGUUCCUCAAGGGGGGAAUACAGGUCUUGUGGGAGGAAGUGUACCUGCUUUUGAUGAGGUGAUUGUCAGUAUGAGUCAUAUGAAUAAAAUCAUUUCUUUUGACAAGGUUAGCGGCAUACUGGUUUGUGAGGCAGGAUGCAUUUUGGAAAACCUCAUCGCUUUUCUGGAUAACCAAGGGUUUGUUAUGCCACUAGAUUUAGGUGCUAAAGGAAGCUGCCAAAUUGGUGGAAACGUCUCUACUAAUGCUGGUGGCUUGCGACUUCUCCGCUAUGGUUCACUGCAUGGCAGUGUCCUUGGUCUUGAAGUGGUUUUAGCAAAUGGAACGGUGCUUGAUAUGCUCGGCACUUUACGAAAAGAUAACACUGGAUAUGACUUGAAACAUUUAUUUAUAGGGAGUGAAGGAUCCUUGGGAAUUGUAACAAAGGUUUCCAUUCUAACUCCUCCAAAGUUGUCCUCUGUAAAUGUAUGCUUUCUUGCUUGUAAGGAUUAUGCAAGCUGCCUGAAACUUUUGUUAGAGGCAAAGUGGAAACUUGGAGAAAUUCUUUCUGCAUUUGAAUUCCUUGAUCAUGACGCAAUGGAUCUGGUCCUGAAACAUCUAGAAGGUGUCCGUAAUCCAUUUCCGUCGUCAAUGCAUAAUUUUUAUGUUCUGAUCGAGACAACGGGCAGUAGUGAGUCUUAUGAUAGAGAGAAACUAGAUGCCUUCUUGCUUCACUCAAUGGAAAAUGACUUGAUAAGUGAUGGAGUUGUUGCACAAGAUAUAACUCAGGCAUCUUCUUGCUGGCAUAUUCGUGAGGGUAUUCCAGAAGCUUUGAUGAAGGCAGGAGGUGUAUAUAAAUAUGAUUUGUCAAUACCGGUUGAAAAGAUGUAUGAUCUUGUUGAGGAAAUGAGAGUCCGACUUGAUGCUUCAGCAAAAGUAGUUGCUUAUGGUCACCUUGGGGAUGGAAACUUACAUCUAAAUAUCUCAACUCCUCAGUAUGAUGAUAACAUAUUAUCAGAGAUCGAGCCUUUCGUUUAUGAAUGGACUUCUAAGCACAAAGGGAGUAUUAGUGCCGAACAUGGCCUUGGACUGAUGAAAGCCAAUAAGAUCCAUUACACCAAGUCAACUGAAACUGUGCAAUUAAUGGCUACCAUUAAGAAGCUACUGGACCCUAAUGGAAUUCUGAACCCAUAUAAAGUUCUACCGCCUUCCCUUUUCACAAAAAGCUGAGAUUUAUCACUAACUUCACCUCAGCUUUUCUAUUGUGUGGAAGUUAGUCUGGUUGUUUCUCAAUGCAAGUGUUACCAUUUCUGGCUGCAGGUGAGUUGAAGGGAGAGUAGAGCAGCUAAAGUUUGUACAGGAAGUACAUUAAUCUGGGUCAAUUGUAUAGCUUGUAUAGCGGUAAUAAGAUAUAGCUUCUGUGAUAAAAGCAUGAUGUCCAGACUGAUGAUGUAAUCUUGACGUAUAAUUUUAUGGAAUUGGGCCAUAAACUUGGCAAGUAGUUUGAGAAUUUCCAUUGAAGGUGAAGCAAGCAUAUGCAAUCAUGGGACUGAUAUUGUUGUCGAACUUGUUUGCUCUUUGAUGUCAAUAUAAGAAAUGCCUUCUCUGGAUGAACUGCAGUAUUUGGCUACGCGGAAACAUUGAAGCAUAUACUCUUUUAUCAUAUCAUAUCAAUGUCAAAACUGCUUUGAAAUA